AUGUAUAUCAAGCAGAUUAUCAUCCAAGGCUUCAAGAGCUACAAAGAUCAAACGGUCAUUGAACCCUUUUCGCCGAAGCACAAUGUUAUCGUCGGUCGCAAUGGUUCGGGCAAGAGUAACUUUUUCGCUGCCAUUCGAUUCGUGCUUAGCGAUGCCUAUACUCAGAUGGGAAGAGAAGAGCGACAAGCUUUGCUCCAUGAAGGUUCAGGCUCUGCCGUCAUGUCCGCAUACGUGGAAGUAAUAUUCGAUAACUCGGACGAGCGAUUCCCCACUGGCAAGCCAGAGUUGAUCCUUCGGCGAACCAUCGGAUUGAAGAAAGACGAAUAUACUCUCGAUCAUAAGAAUGCCACCAAAGCAGAUGUUAUGAACUUGCUAGAAUCUGCGGGAUUUUCGCGGUCCAACCCGUAUUACAUUGUUCCUCAAGGUCGUGUCACCACAUUAACCAAUAUGAAAGAUUCCGAGCGACUUGUGCUGUUGAAGGAAGUUGCCGGCACCCAAGUUUAUGAAGCUCGUCGCGCCGAGUCUCUUAAGAUCAUGAACGAGACUAACAAUAGGAGAGGAAAGAUUGACGAGUUACUAGACUACAUCAAUGAACGUCUUGACGAAUUGGAAGAAGAAAAGGAUGAGUUGCGAAGCUAUCAGGAGCAGGAUCGCGAACGCCGAUGCUUAGAAUACACCAUUUACUCGCGCGAACAGCAAGAAAUUGCAAAUGCGCUUGAUAGUUUAGAAGGCGCGCGACAAACUGGCGUGGAGGACACAGAUGCAAAUCGCGAACGAUUCAUUCAGGGUGAAAAAGAGAUGACUCAAAUCGAUGCCCAGAUUGCCGAGUGCAGGCAACAGAUUGAGUUUUUGAAGGUGGAUAAGGCGCAACUGGAGGAUGAGCGUCGUGACUCUUCCCGUGCCCUGGCUCAAGUUGAGCUACAGGAGAAGGCACUGAAAGACGGCCAAUCUGCCGCUCAGCAGUUCAAAUCUCGACAUGAUAAUGACCUCAAAUCUGUUCAGUCUGCCAUCAGCCAGCGCGAGACUGAACUCCAGUCACUGCUACCCCAGUUCAAUGCCGCCAAGGAGCAAGAAGACGGUGUCAAAUCGCAACUUGACCAAGCUGAAACUGUUCGACAACGUCUGUACGCGAAACAAGGCCGCAACUCUCGAUUCAAGAACAAGUCAGAACGAGACAAAUGGUUACAGAAGGAAAUCCAGGAAACCAAAACUUCGAUCAAAUCCGUGAAGAACGUCGAGGCUCAGACAAAAGAGGACAUUAAGGAGCUCGAGAGCACCAUCAUGUCGCUAGAACCGGAAAUCGACAAUUUGCGCAAACAGAUUGAUGGUAGAGGCGACACCAUCCAGUCUAUCGAACAAGAGGUGCAAAAUGGCAAGGACGAGAGAGAUAAGUUGAUGGAUGAGCGAAAGGAAUUAUGGCGAGAAGAGGCUCGUUUGGAUUCAGUCCUAUCGAAUGCGACCCACGAAGUUGAGAGAGCUGAGCGCAAUCUGUCACAUAUGAUGGAUCACAACACCAGCCGUGGUAUUGCAGCUGUUCGACGAAUUAAACGGCAACAUAACCUCGAAGGUGUUUACGGUACACUAGCUGAGCUUGUUGAAGUCAACGAGCGAUAUCGUACCGCUGUCGAAGUUACAGCUGGUACUAGUCUUUUCCACUAUGUUGUCGACACUGAUCAAACUGCCACCAAGGUGCUUGAAAUUUUACAAAAGGAGAAGGCUGGCCGAGUUACAUUCAUGCCAUUGAAUCGUUUGAAGUCCCGCCCAAUCAAUCUUCCCAAGGCUAGUGACACAAUCCCCAUGAUUGAGAAACUGCAAUUCGAUCCCGAAUAUGAAGGCGCAUUCCAGCAAGUAUUUGGAAAGACUAUUAUUUGUCCAAACCUCCAAGUAGCUGCUCAAUACGCUAGGAGUCAUGGUGUGAAUGCCAUUACUCCGGAAGGAGAUCGAUCUGAUAAACGCGGUGCGUUGACUGGUGGGUUCCACGACUCCCGGCAGUCGCGGUUAGAAGCUGUGAAGACAUUGACGAAAUGGCGUGAUGAAUACGAAUCAAAGAAGAACCGCGCAACCGAGAUUCGCAAAGACCUAGAAAGGCUAGACCAAAAGGUCACUCGGGCUGUUGGUGAAUUGCAAAAAUUAGAGCAGCGCAAACAGCAAUUCCAUGGCAGCAGCGGCCCAAUACGCCAGGAACUACGGAGCAAGCGUGAGUUACUCCAGAAUAAGAAUGACAAUCUCGAUAACAAGCAGCGCGCUCUUCAUAACAUCGAAAGCAACUUGACUGCUCUGGAUGGGCAAGUCGCGGCACUGGAAGCAGAGUUGUCUUCGGCGUUCCAAAAAGCACUUACUUUGGAAGAAGAGUCGCAACUGGAAUCGCUUGGUUCAACUGCUCAGAAUCUACGGCGCCAGUAUGCGGAGUUAUCUCGCCAGCGCAGUGAGUUCGAGGCGCGCAAGUCUGUGUUAGAAGUUGAGCUUCGCGAGAACCUUUACCCACGGUUAGACCAGCUUAGCGGCCAUGAAAUCGACAUGGGUGAUGAAGGCACACAGGGCAAUCUCAAAACAGCCGAGCGUGAGAUGAGAAAGUUCCAGACAGCCUUAGGCAAGAUCACAGAACGUCUCGCAGAAGUCGACAAAUCCAUUACGGCGAGCAAUGCAGAAGUUGCUAAACUUGACGGUCGCAAAGCAGAGAUACGAAACGAGCUGGAGUCUCUUGCCAAGUCGAUUGAAAAGCACCAGCGACGAAUGGAGAAGAGCAUGCAAAAGAAGGCGGCUUUGACCAAGCAAGCUGCUGAAUGCACUUCCAAUAUUCGCGAUCUAGGUGUUUUACCCGACGAGGCUUUUACCAAAUACAACAAAACAGACUCCAACACAGUAGUCAAGAAGCUACACAAAGUCAACGAAUCACUGAAAAAAUAUUCCCAUGUGAACAAGAAGGCUUUCGAACAAUACAACAACUUUACAAAACAACGCGAAACAUUGACCAAGCGACGAGAAGAACUAGAUGCGUCCCAAAAGUCGAUUGACGAAUUGAUCACGGUCCUCGACCAACGUAAAGACGAAGCCAUCGAACGAACUUUCAAGCAGGUGUCGCGCGAGUUCCACAACGUGUUUGAAAAACUUGUACCAUCGGGUCGUGGCCGUCUCAUUAUUCAACGCAAGACUGACCGCGCACUCCGGCCAGAGAACGAGGUCGAGUCUGACGACGAAGACCGUCGGGAGAGUGUCGAGAACUAUGUCGGAGUUGGCAUCAGUGUCAGUUUCAACAGCAAGCACGACGAACAACAACGCAUCCAACAGCUCAGCGGUGGCCAAAAGAGUUUGUGCGCUCUCGCACUGGUGUUUGCCAUUCAAGCCUGCGAUCCCGCGCCAUUCUAUCUCUUCGACGAGAUCGACGCUAACCUCGACGCCCAAUAUCGUACCGCCGUGGCUCAAAUGCUGCAAUCGAUUUCAGAAGCCACCAAUGGUCAAUUCAUCUGCACCACUUUCCGGCCUGAAAUGCUGCACGUCGCUGAGAAAUGCUACGGAGUCAGUUUCCGCAACAAGGCUAGUUCCAUUGACGUGGUGUCGAAGGAGGAAGCACUCAAGUUCGUUGAGGAGCAAAAGAGUUAA